CUUCACAACCGUAACGACGUGUAUGGCGUACACGCUUCCUGCGCCCGAGUUGGCGAAGAUGGUGAUGAGCACGUGCUCCUUCACGUUGAACGGGCCCGGGUUGAGCGUGAACUCCCACCUCGACCCGCGGAAGAAGACCCGGUCCGUGAUUCGGGCCGCCAUGAGCUGGCCCAGCGGCACCACCGCGAUCUGGGCCGAGAUUGCCGUGACGGUCAGCGGCUCGGUCCGGUACCAAAAAAACUGGUUGAGAAACGACAGCACCACGCACGACAGCGUCCCCAGGACCCACAUCCGGAAAGUUAGCACCGGUAGGGUCGGGUCGUCUGUUGUGGGCACCGUCAUCGCCACCUGUUUCACCGGCGAGUUCUCCACUUCCUCUUCCUCUUCCUCUUCUUGGGCCUUGUGAGGCGACGAGGAGGAUGCAGAUGAUGAUUUUGAAGGAAGGUCUUCAUCUCUCUCCGUUGACUUGGUUACUGCGGGAGAUGAACAACAAAAAAGAAUUGGUAAUUAGAACGACAAGGAAAAACAUAUCCUGCUCUCGUGCUCACUUUGGGUUUGCACAGCGGCGCAAGGAGCAGAUGAUUCGUACGUAGAG